AUGGUGUCUCCUCAAAUUACCAACCUGGCCAUCAUCCUGGUGAUGAUGCAGCUGGCUAAGAAGGUUCCCUUUGAGGAUCCUGACGUGCUGAACCUGGUGCGCGGUGUUUACGUUCUGUCCAACGUGAUCAUCUUGGCCGUCAGCCUGUACACUCAGGCUAAGAUCAAUUCUAAAAAGGAUAUGACCACGCUCAAGUACGUUGAGCCCGCCGCUAUGGGUACCGGCGAGGAGGGCAAGCCCGUCACCACCACCAACAUGGACUACGAUAAGGGCCAGGUCCGCCAGAUGUUCCGCUCUCAGCUGAUGGGUGUUGGUAUGAUGGCCGUGAUGCACUUCUACUUCAAGUACACCAACCCUCUCUUGAUCCAGUCGAUCAUUCCCCUGAAGGGCGCUUUCGAGGGCAACCUGGUCAAGAUCCACCUGUUCGGCAAGCCCGCCACUGGCGAUCUGGCUCGUCCUUUCAAGGCCUCCGGUGGCUUCAUGUCCCAGGGUCAGCCCAAGAGCGACAAGGCUUCCAUUGAGAAUGCGGAGAAGAACUACCGGGGUGGUGUCAAGGAGGAAUAG